AUGGCAUGGGCGGACCGCGAGCAAUCGCGGCGAAAAGGCAUCGAGGAAGCACAAGAAAAACCGGCAGAGGGUGCCGGCCGGCGAGCGGCGUGGACCGUUCCUCGCCUGUUCCCUGUUAGCUUCGUGCAAGACAUCCACUCCUUCGUCUCCAUCGCCAUGGCCGACGCUGCUGUUGCUCCUACUCCUGCUGCUGCUUCCCCUGCCAAGAAGGGAGGAAAGGCGAAGGCUGCUGCCAAGCCGAAGAAGGCCCCGGUCCAUAACCAUCCUCCUUAUGGGGACAUGAUCGUUGCUUCCAUCGCUGCCUUGAAGGAACGAGGUGGAUCCAGUCGUGUGGCCAUCCUCAAGUACAUCAUGCAGCACUACGACGUUGGGGCUGAUUCCAAGGUGGUGAACUCCCGCGUGAAGUUGGCUCUGAAGAAGGCGGAAACCUCUGGGAAGAUCAAGCAUGCCAAGGGAGGAGUCGGUGCAUCCGGUUCCUUCAAGCUGGCUGAUAAGGCCGAGAAGCCGAAGAAGAAGGUCGUGAAGAAGCCCAAGUCCCCCAAGAAGCCUGCCGGGGAGAAGAAGGCCAAGACCGCGAAGCCCAAGGCCCAGAAGUCGACCAAGCCCAAGGCUUCCAAGCCAAAGAAGUCCCCGAAGAAGCCCAAGUCUCCCAAGAAGGCCGGAGCAGCGAAACCCAAGGCAACCAAGCCCAAGGCCGCAGCGAAGCCCAAAGCCGCCAAGCCUAAGCCCAAGCCCAAGGCGACCAAGGCCAAGGCUUCUCCCAAGAAAUGAGCCUGACAUUAUGGACUUGGAGCCUCUGUGAUCUCAUUUGUAUAUAUUAUGUGUGGUUGACAAGUGGAUUGAAUUGCUUCGUCGUAGGAGUUGGAGCAUUUUGUUUUGUGAGAAUGAUUAAAAGCUUUAAUUAAGAUUUUUUUUAA